GGCGGGCGGGCGGGUGGCAGCGCGGCAGCAGCAGUAAUAGCAGGAGCAGCAACAGAAGGCGUCGGAGCGGGCGUCGGAGCUGCCCGCUAGGGGAAAGAGAAAGAGAGAGGGAGAGAGCGGGGCGAGCAAGGAGAGAGAGCCCCAGGCAGAAAAGUAACUGUCAAAUGCGCGGCUCCUUUAACCAGAGCGCCCAGUCCGGCUCCGAGAGUCAUGGCGACCGCAGCGUCUAACCACUACAGCCUGCUCACCUCCAGCGCCUCCAUCGUGCACGCUGAGCCGCCCGGCGGCAUGCAGCAGGGCGCAGGGGGCUAUCGCGAGGCGCAGAGCCUGGUGCAGGGCGACUACGGCGCUCUGCAGAGCAACGGGCACCCACUCAGCCACGCUCACCAGUGGAUCACCGCGCUGUCCCACGGCGGCGGGGGCGGCGGCGGCGGCGGUGGAGGAGGCGGGGGAGGUGGCGGGGGAGGCGGCGACGGCUCCCCGUGGUCCACCAGCCCCCUAGGCCAGCCGGACAUCAAGCCCUCGGUGGUGGUACAGCAGGGUGGCCGAGGCGAUGAGCUGCACGGGCCAGGAGCGCUACAGCAGCAGCACCAACAGCAGCAACAGCAACAGCAGCAGCAGCAACAACAGCAGCAGCAGCAACAACAACAACAGCGACCGCCACAUCUGGUGCACCACGCUGGCAACCACCACCCCGGGCCCGGGGCAUGGCGGAGUGCGGCGACUGCAGCUCACCUCCCUCCCUCCAUGGGAGCGUCCAACGGCGGUUUGCUCUACUCGCAGCCCAGCUUCACGGUGAACGGCAUGCUGGGCGCAGGAGGGCAGCCGGCAGGGCUGCACCACCACGGCCUGCGGGACGCCCACGACGAGCCGCAUCAUGCAGACCACCACCCGCAUCCGCACUCUCACCCUCACCAGCAACCGCCCCCGCCGCCUCCCCCUCAAGGCCCACCGGGCCACCCAGGCGCACACCACGACCCGCACUCGGACGAGGACACGCCGACCUCAGACGACCUGGAGCAGUUCGCCAAGCAGUUCAAGCAGAGGCGGAUAAAACUAGGAUUUACUCAAGCAGACGUGGGGCUGGCGCUGGGCACCCUGUAUGGCAACGUGUUCUCGCAGACCACCAUCUGCAGGUUUGAGGCCCUGCAACUGAGCUUCAAGAACAUGUGCAAGCUGAAGCCUUUGUUGAACAAGUGGUUGGAAGAGGCAGACUCGUCCUCGGGCAGCCCCACCAGCAUAGACAAGAUCGCAGCGCAAGGGCGCAAGCGGAAAAAGCGGACCUCCAUCGAGGUGAGCGUCAAGGGGGCUCUGGAGAGCCAUUUCCUCAAAUGCCCCAAGCCCUCGGCCCAGGAGAUCACCUCCCUCGCGGACAGCUUACAGCUGGAGAAGGAGGUGGUGAGAGUUUGGUUUUGUAACAGGAGACAGAAAGAGAAAAGGAUGACCCCUCCCGGAGGGACUCUGCCGGGCGCCGAGGAUGUGUACGGGGGGAGUAGGGACACGCCACCACACCACGGGGUGCAGACGCCCGUCCAGUGAACUCAAGAGGGGGAGGGGCAGAGCGUGGGGCUCCCCCUCCCCUUUGGUCCAUGGUCCUUCACGGGACCUCUGUUCCCCCUCUAACUUCUAAUUGUUUUUUUUUAUUAUUAUUUUUAAUUAUUAUUUUCCCGGUCUUUUAAAAAUGAAAAAAAAAUAGUGAAAAUAAGAAAAAAGGAAAGGAACGAAGACACUGGACUAUCCUAAAACAGAUAGCAGGUGUAAUGAUGGGUUUUGACCUUUGCAAACGAGUACACAGAAAGUGAAAUAGAAUGUCUCUUAGUGAAGAGGAGUAGUGUGUGUGUGCGUGUGUGUGUGUGUGUGUGUGUGUGUGUGAGAGAGAGAGAGAGAGAGAGAGAGAGAGAGAGAGAGAGAGAGAGAGAGAGAGUGUCCCGGAAAAACUAAAUAAAUUACCAAAAAGAAAGAAAAGUCCACCAAACCGUACAAAACACAGAACUGCAGCUUCCCAAUGCUCAUAGUUGACACGUGCUGCUGUGUUUAUUUAACAUGGGUCCCCAUCAGGAAAGAGGGAAAAUACACUUUUUUAAAUAUAUAGGCAAAUUUUAACCACACAAAUUUGCACUGCAAGAAAAUUGAAGUUUACAUUAACAAGUUCAACUUUUUUCCCUCAAUAUGCACUGUUAAUUUUGAAACUGUCCUUUUGGGUUGUUUUGUUUUGCCUUCUCCAGCAGGGAGGACAGAAGUCAGCUCUUGGCAAACCUCCUUUUCUAGUGUUCCCAUGUCCCUUGUCCUUACUGCUUAUAAACUCUUGUUUUCUUCAAACCCCGCAGACCUGGUGUAACAUUUAUUGGCUCUUUCCAUCAAAUCAAAGUGAUUGGCUUCAUAUAAAAUAAAUAAAUGUUUGCAUUCAGGAAAUGUGUAUGGUUUCCCCGCUUUAUGCAAGGCAGGAAUACUGUUUGGGAUAUAAAUGUAAGCACUGGUUUUUGUAAACCACAAGGUAAACUUCAUUUUCAGGCAGUAUUUCUAGGUAGGGAAGAAAAGGGAAAAUCGAUAGUGAGUGACCAGUCACUUCAUUUUAUCAGGCAGGGCCGGCCGUUUGUGGAAAAACUCAGAAGAAAUGCGAGGUUAAAUAUAUUGCUGGAGUUGUCCACCAGAAAGAAACUGGGAACUCUGGAGAGAACUGGGAAACACACUGUACAGUUCUCUGCCUUUGGGUUCAAUAACUUAAUUAUAAGGGAUUAGUUGUGACGACAGCAGUGGUUAAACUUUGUCCCUCUACUAGGUCUUUUUUUGUUGUUGUAGGUAAAGAAAAAACCCAGGAACUUGAAAACAUACACAUAGACAGUGUUUCUUAGCACACAAAUGCAUACACCAUAUAUACAUAUAUAUGUGCAUAUAUAUGUGUGUGUGUAUAUAUAUAUGAUAGACAGGUUUUGUCUUUAGCAGUUCAUUUGUUUAUCAAGUUAUAAUUUGGGUCCUACAUCAUCUUCUCCCAUAAUUUAUUACAGAAAAAUAUCAGUUCAGCUUGGACAGAGUUCUCCCCCUCUUUCACUAAGGAAGACAAAUGAAGUGAGGGGGGGGACAUUUUCAAUACUUCCUUUCUCCCCUUUUGUUAAAAAUUUUUUUCAGUGUAUUUCUUUUUUUACCUUGUUUCGAUGGGAAAUGGUUUACUCCCAACACAAUAAAAUAUUCUGAAAGGUGUAGGUAAUAAAAAAACAACAACAACCGAAAAAAAUAAAACAAAAAAUCUUAUGACUAUAUUAAAAUUAACACCACUAAACUGUGAUCAGUUAAAAAAAUCAAUAGUUAUCAGCACAAAAGGGCGCUAAAAGGGAAAACACUCUUUUUUUUUAGUAACCUUAAAUGUUUGGGGUUUUAUUUCUUUGUUAGGUAUUAGAUAAAUGUUUAUUUUUAAAAAUUAAAUUCUCACUACCAUAAAAAUGUGGUUCAACAUCAGAUUAGCAUUGCACUCAGUAGUAAGGUUUUAGGAAAUAUGCUUUAUCCAGUAUUGUCUCUUCAAACACCUGUGAUUGUUUCAUUUUCAAUGUUUUUGCAAGAUAAAUGGCGACUUUUGAUGGGCAGAUUUAUUUGCCUGUAUUUCAUUUUUCCCAAUGAAUGUCACAGGUGAUGGCAUAGAGCUAUUUCAGGUUAGAUCACACUGCUUUCUCCUGAUGUGUGGGGAGUAGACUCCAGUGAAGCAGUCCAGAGGAGGGCAAAGAGCCAAUGGUAAAAGGAGGAAAUGAAUUUGCAGAUCCUUGCUACCAAGUAGGUAAGGUUGGAAGCUGGGAUUCAGAGGAUGUGCCUACAGCUUCUCUUGCUCUCAUAGGCUUACAAAAUUGAAAGUUACCACUGAACCUUACCAUAUGUAUAUAUGUUUCAUAUCUGUCUUUUGAAAUGCAGAAAUAGUUUAAAUGUUUCUUUGUCUAUUUUUCUUUUUCUUAAUGCUACCCAGGGAAAUAUUUUCAUAUCGUUUUACGUGGCCUGCCUCAAUGUAUAUUUAUUUCUUUUGGAGCAAAAGGUUCUGAAAACUCUUUUUCUGUAGCUUUAAAUGAGAAGGUAGCAAGAUCUAUAUGGGAUGUCAUUUUUUUGUUCAGUUUCUUUUUUUAAAAAAAAUGCUUUGUUUUGGUACAUUUGAUUGUGCUUGUGGGGAAAAUAAAAGCGCAGAGAUCCUUAUAUAUUUAUGUUAAAGUAAUAUUUUAUUAUUACAUAAAACAUAAAUGCACAAUACCUUCAUAGUUUGUUCUAAUUAUUGAAAUAUCUUUAUUUUAUUUUUGAAGAUAGUGCAAGUCCUAAGAGGAGGAGAAGCCGUACCUAGACUUAGACUUUAGACAUACUGAGCUCAGUUGUGUAUAAGACACUUCCCUUCCUUUAUUCUUCACAAAGUUUUGGAAUAAAUCUUAUACAUAUAUUGCCAGCUUCCAUGUUUAUAACUUCCAGAGACAUUUUCCUGAUUUUUUUUUUUUUAUGAGGACUACUAUCCGGACUUUUCUUUGCAGAAACUAUCAUGGAUCACAAAUGCUUCCUUCGCUGCCUUAUAGUAUUAAAUCAAAUAGUCAUUCGGUUUGAACUUCUAUUUGUUUGCCAUUUCCUGAACCAACAAAAAACAUUUGCCUUGCAAAUACAUGCCCAUCUCUCUACACCUUCCUUCCAGGUUAGCUGCACCUCCGCCAAUGGCGUGUCCAGAGAAGCUUCAGUGAAACUAGAUGGACUUUAGCCUCUACUCACUUGUGCUUAACGUAAUUUGGGAUCUUCAGAAUAGUGAGACCUGGCUAGAAAUUAUUCUUCACAAUUAACAAAUACUUUUCAUCAACAAAAAUGCCAUGUGUUCACCAAGUGAUUAAAAGUAGAUGCUAGUGUUGUUUAUCUUAGAUUCACUGGGAAAGAUACUUUUUACGACAUUGCUUCUUUCUCAUCAGGCAAACAACAAUAACAACCACACACUCCAAAUUUAAAGAGGAGGGGAAGAAUGUACUGAAGAGACUCAAGCCAUAGUACUAAUGGUUUGUUUCAGGUGUUAGACAGAGCACUGCACUUAAAAAAAAAUAAACAAACAAAAUAGCUUUUAAUGUUAGUGGGGUGUUCAAGCAGUCUUGAAUUAGUUUAUAUAAGUUUGCUGGUGUAUUUAAAGUCCUCCCUGGAACACUGACUUAAAAUAGAAAUGUCCAUUUAGGAAAGUAGUUUCUGGGCUUAUUACCUCUGAUCAUCCUUUCUAAUUCCUAGUCAAUAUUACAUGGGUCCCAAACAGAUUCUGCCAAAUGAUCUUAUCAAUAGUCUGAACAAGAAGUGACAGGAAGAAGAAGUGUUUUGUGACCGCAGACAUGCUGAUGGGUAAAAUGUUUAAGCUAAGUAUAGAUUUGAGUUCUGGGUCAAUAUCCCUCUGCUCAAGGCAGAAAGCAAGCCGCAUCUGCCCUCUGCAGGGCAUUUCGGUGGGCCUUGAGAAGGCAUUUUUGUUCUUAGCCAGGAGGGCUAAGAACAGGCUGGGAAAUAGCAUAGAAUAAACAGGCACACUGUGUUCCUGAUUCAUGCUGGCCAUUCAUAUUCUAAAGAUGCUCUAGUAGCUUCUGUGCCAGACUUAGAAUGUAAGGCCCACUACAUAAAAAAAAGUCAUAGCCACUAAUACAAACCUAUGAGGUAAUUUAAGAUACCGAGAAGCCAUCUGUAUCCUAAAGACAAAAACCCUCAGUGUUUGUGUUUGCUCAAAACAUGCCAUAUUUUAGGUUUAUUAUAUAUGUAUAGACAUAACGGGGAAUUAUCAUAUAUGAGAGAGCAUGUGAAGGUCAUAGGGAAGGAAUGGCCACAAACAAUACAUUAUGAUUGGUGAUUUUAAACAUUGCCAAUUCUCACGAAGAAAUGUCCUUUAUGUUUCAGACAGCAGCAACAAAACCACCUCUGUCUUCCCUCUCCCCUCCUGCUCCUACAGAGGAGGCUACAUACAGGUUGUGAGAAUUUUCUGGUGAAGUGGUUUUAAUAAAGGCACUAAUCUGUCAUCUCAUUUCUUCGGAAACAACUAAUAAAAUGACAGCAGCGACUAUGGGGGUGGCUCUUGCAUGCACUGGUCCCAGACGUGUGUUGUCUUCACUCACCCCUUAGUUUCCUUGCGGAAGAAGCAUCUUGGAUAGUGCCAGGGAGCCAGAUGAGAUUGCCCUUUUAUUUCUUCUCCUUUUGGUUUCUCUUUGUUGAUUUUUUCAAUACAUUCAUGGAACUCUGUUCUAAAUUCUAUUGAAUUCCCAUACAAAUUAAAGAAUGGGGUGAAGGAUGGAGUUUAUACAGAAAAAAAAGGAAGGGUGGUGAUGUAGAGGCGUCUUGUACAUCUCAGUGGUAAAGCAAAGGAAUGGUGUUUACUUCAAAAGGGGGACCUGCAUCAGGAAGUACCCCGAAUCUUGACAAUUCGUCUGGGUGUUAGAUAAAUAUUUUCUCUGAGGAAAGUUUACUUUUUUGAAAUGAUACAUAGUCUCUGAAUGGAAUUCACACCCCAGGAGAGGAGCACUGAGCCCCUUGAUUCAGGAUCAGAAAAACCGAAAAGGGUCUGCUACCCAGCUCACAAAUUCGUGGAAUCAAUUGGCCCAUGUUUCCAGAACUUGGACCAAUGUUUUGUUUUUGUUUUUGUUUUUCAAUGUCUGCCUAUCUAGAGACAAGUACUGGAGUGGUGGAAAUGACUUUCAGCUGCUUCAAGGCUUUGCUUGGGUGUGGAGAUAAACAAUCAGAAUAUUUUCACAUUGUUCUGGCGUUUGUGCAGGGAAAACCAGAACGUUUUUUCUCUUCUUUAAAAAAAGUUAAUCAACUUUAUUAUGUAGGACCUUUCCUGGACCUUAAAGACACUGCUCCUCGACUUAGCUGUUAGAGGUUAUUAGAGACAAUAUCACAUCCCAUCAAAACAGUUUAGUCUCUUAUUGUUCCUAGGAUUCUGAUUGUUGGUAACACUAAGUUGUAUUUCUUUUUUUUUUAAAAAAAAUGUCUGCUAUGUUAUUUAAUACACCAGUAAAAGUGCAUCUAUA